CCACUGGUUUUGCUGCUCCUCCCAUGAACAGAAACUUCAGGCUUCCUUCGUCGUCGCUCAACACUCUCCCAUCACGCCCGACAUUUCCACAACCAUUCCGGUGCUCCUCCUCUUCUCCUCCGCCAAUCAUAUCUGCUCCGCUUACUCCUCCCUUCUCCGCUCCGGCGGCGGCUGGGUGCUCCCGCACGGAGUCUCAACUCUCAACUGGGCUGGAGGGGGCGAGAGCCCUCCCCGCCGGCAGUUCCCGCAUCCCGGCCGUAAAUGUUGGCCUCCUCCGACCCGGGCCACCCUACCCCGAGAGCCCCCUCAUCAAGCAGUACAGCGCCGAGUACUGGCUCCUGGCCUCCCUCCACACGCAGCGACGGCCGCCGUGAGGGUCGUCACAGACGGAGGAAGCCGAUGUCGUCUUAGAGCUCGGGAGGGGAACCAAGCAAGGCCGGCAAAGUCUCACCUCAAAGUCAAGUCAAUGUCGCAAGUCAAUACGCGCCAUGGAAAUUCAGUGGAACAUGGCUAUCGAAUAUCAAUGGAGGCGACCAGACGAUGAUGCUGUUAGCUCAGCCAGCCUUACGGGGAGGACGAGAAGACGAACAAAACAGCAGCUUCCUCCCUGGCGCCAUCUCCUCCUCCCGCCGUCGUCUCCCAGUUCAGAUGGAGGAGGAGCGCGCGCCCGCCGCCGGGGCCGGGAGCGGGAGGGCGCGGCGCUGCGGCUUCGUGGUGUGGCUGCACGGCCUGGGCGACUGCGGCCGCGCCAACGAGUUCAUCGCCGAGCACUUCUCCGCCGCCGCCUUCCGCGACACCCGCUGGGCCUUCCCUACCGCGCCCACCGCCGCCGUCACAUGCAACCGCGGCGCGCUCAUGCCCUCGUGGUUCGACAUCCACGACGCGCCCAUCACUUCGAAAUCCGUCAGGGAUGAGGAGGAUGUGCUGCGAGCUGUCCAGAUCGUGCACACCAUGAUCGACAGGGAAAUAGCUGCUGGAACAAACCCGGAAGACGUACUCGUUUUUGGCCUGAGCCAAGGAGGUGCCUUGAGCAUAGCAAGCGUGCUGACGUACCCCAGAACACUGGGCGGUUGCGCAGUCUUCAGUGGCUUCCUCCCCUUCGACUCUUCUUCAUUCGCAGCGAGAGUAACAGACGACGCAAAGAAGACACCGGUUUUGUGGAUCCAUGGGGACGCUGACUCGCUGAUCCCGAUCCAGGAAGGGCGAGACGGAGUGAAAUUCCUGCAGGGGCUCGGCAUGGCCUGCGAAUUCAAGGUGUACGACAGGCUCGGGCACACGCUGGCGCCGUACGAGCUGGAGUACUGCGAGCGAUGGGCGUCAGAGAACAUCCUCAGCGAGCACGGAGAAGAAGGCCUGAAGCUGAAGAAGGGUGGUCUUCCGGGGAGCAAGUUCCUGGGCGGAGUGUUCAGCUGCUUCUCCAAAUAGCCGCUGUUUCAGUUUGCAUCAAGCCAUCAAGUGAUGUAGAAACUGACGCGAGUGCCUCAUCUUGUCUCUGCGAUUGUAAUUUCUUCGUCCUUUUGUAUGUGACCGAAUGAUUCUCUCUCUUUUUUUUCCCCACGGGUUAAAAGCAUGAUCGAUUGGGUAUCAAAAAUUGGACAUUCAUAAUUUAGUAUUGGCAAAAUAGGCAAAGUCAUCCCUCAA